UUUUUUUUCUUCUUCUCCUCGUUCUCCGAACCCGGCUGUUUGUCUGCGCGUGAGUGCUUGUGAGCGUGUGAGUGUGUGUGUGUGUGUGUGUGUGAGAGAGAGAUGUCAGGAGAGACCAUGGGGCAGCAGCGUGGAGGAACUUUGUCUGUGAAAUCAGCCAAGACAUAAAGCCCUUGUUCACUCCGAACUGACGGGAUUUGGUGUGAAAUCAGCCCCAGAUUGUGAGCAGAUAGUGUGUGAGGUGUGAGGUGGGAUGUUAUCGGUACUCUCCUAUGGACGGAUCGUUGCCAGGGCCGUCCUAGGCGGACUCUCUCAAACAGAUGGCCGGGAUUAUAAAUUGGUCACAGCGAGCUGCGGCUUCGGGAAGGACUUCCGUAAAGGCAUCCUGAAGAAAGGCAUGUGUUACGGAGACGAUGCGUGCUUCAUAGCGCGCCACAGGUCCGCAGAUGUCUUAGGUGUGGCGGAUGGGGUGGGUGGAUGGCGUGAUUAUGGCGUUGACCCGUCUCAGUUCUCUGAGACCCUGAUAAGGACGUGUGAGCGGUUGGUGAAGGAGGGACGCUUCACUCCUAGCAGUCCUGUGGGGAUCCUCACCUCAGCCUACUACGAGCUCCUACAGAACAAAGUACCUCUGCUGGGCAGCAGUACAGCGUGUAUAGUCGUGCUGGAUCGGAGGAGUCAUCAAAUUCACACGUGUAAUCUGGGCGAUUCAGGCUUCCUGGUGGUCCGUGGCGGUGAGGUGGUCCAUCGUUCAGACGAGCAGCAGCACUACUUUAACACCCCCUUUCAGCUGUCAAUCGCCCCACCAGGGGCCGAGGGGUCUGUGCUGAGUGACAGUCCUGAAAUGGCAGACAGGUCUUCGUUUGACGUCCAGCUCGGUGACAUCAUCCUCACUGCCACGGAUGGUCUUUUCGACAACAUGCCAGACUACAUGAUCCUACAGGAGCUCAAGAAGCUGAAGAACACGAAUUACGACAGCAUCCAGCAGACGGCACGCAGUAUAGCGGAGCAGGCCCACGAGCUCGCCUACGACCCAAACUACAUGUCCCCAUUCGCUCAGUUCGCCUGUGAUAACGGCCUCAACGUCAGAGGAGGAAAACCAGAUGACAUCACGGUGCUGCUCUCCAUCGUGGCCGAAUACACGGACUGAUCGACGGAGCUUCGGCCUUUCUUUCUCUCCCUUUCUAUCUCUCUAGUCCUCGUGUCUUCCUCUUCGUCUGCUGCUCGUCUGGAACCGUCUCUCGCCCAUCCUUUUCUGUCCUUGUCUUGAGUAGCUCAUGGGAAGAAAGAGGAGAGCAUGGACUUGCCAUUUUUGGUGGACAAUAGAUUCUAUAGGAGGCUGUUUUGUGCUGACAUACUAGAGCAUUAUGGGAGGAUGAGUCACCUGCUCAUCCUACGCCUCAAGUUGUAGGUUGCGGAUCCAAGAGCGAGCUGUGUUACCCAAGGUGCUUCGAAAUGAGAGCAAUCUCUCAGCAUGGACAACGUAGGGGAUGUUUUUAUUUUUAGCCCCUUUUAUAGCUGGGAGAAUGUAAAGCGUUCGGUUAAGAUCGUCUGCUGUUUGAGAUUAUGCUUGUGUGUGUGUCUGUGUGUGUGUGUGAGAGAGAAAGAGUGUGUCGUGUAAUUGGGGGGUUAACGUUUGUGUUUCAUGUCACUCGGCUCAGCAAGUGCAGCUCAGGAUAUGGUGACAAGGCUCCGCCCCCUUUUUAAAAGACUAAGCAGACAAUGCGGUGAUAUUAUGCGGUGCUUCUCUAUGGUGAUAUUAAAAUGUGGGCUUGGCCAGCGGAUCACUGCACAGAAGAAGCAGGGCAAAGAUGCAAAACUGGUUUUUGGUCAUUUGUGUGCUUUUUUUUUUCUUAGAAAGACUGUAAGCUGAUACUGUAACGUGUGUCCGAGGGAGAAUUUAUGCAUUGUUAGACACAUGGGGGGGGUUUAGAGUGGUAUUAAUGGCUUACUGAACUGCAUUAUGGGUAAGUGGGUAUGUAGCUAGUGCAGGGGUCUAUAAUGUGCUUACAAAUUAAAGCCUCGGUUCAUGACUGUGCACAGUUCAAAAAUUCCCAUAAUAAACCCAGCCAUACUAGUCUUAAAAUAAAUAAAUUCUUUGCGAUUUCCUAGUUGAGGUUUGUCUGUAUCCUGGUCUUGUGUGGCUCGAGUACAGUGCAGUGGUCUUUCUGCUUUAACUCCAGUUUAGCAGUUCUGCUGAUUUAAAAAAUUUAAGAUACAGACAUUUCAGACUUCGGUGGUGUUGAUGGAUUCAUUGCAUCUGUAUUUCAUCUCUCUCUGUGUGUUUCUCUGUUUCCAUCUGUCUUUUAGUUCUCUGGUCUUUCAGGAUGAAAAAAACUAACUGUUUAAGAGAAGCAUCUGAUCCAGAGAGACCGAAGUCUUAUCAGUUAAAAGUAACUUAUUUUGGUUUUGCAUACUUAUUGCUUUAUGCUUCACCUUAGAAGUGGGAAGUUGGAACUCUGGAUUGCGUUAACUUCGACCUCUCUGCGUUAAAGCUACAGAGUGAGAACUCGGUGUCGAGUUUGUAAAGGAAUUCUGAUUUGAUUUGUGUUUUAUCUCGGGUUGCAGUUUGGAAAUUCAGAUGCAUGUAAUUUGUCAAAAGCAGCAGUUCACAGUAGGGGUUCUGUGAACUCUAGAGGUCCACGAAGGUCCCGCAGGAGGUCUACGGCCGUGUCUGAAAGUUUUAAAAACACAUUUGUGGACUCUAUAAAAAGUAUUCCUUUGGCUGUUUUUUGUUUUUUUUUCUAAAGCAGACUUUUACUCUAAAAGUUUCCUUAAAUCCUUACUGUAUUUCUAUUUAUAGUUAUUUUUCCUGUAUGUCGCCUGCAGUAUUUUCUCAUAAACGUAUUUGGCUCUCUUUUCUAAAGUAAAAUGUAAAAACAUGUACCCCUGACCGGGACAAAGACGAAUGAGUGAACACUGAAAAAAAAAAACAGCACUGUACGAGCAACACGUCACGUCCAACACGCUCGUGUGUUCAUGAACUUUGAAUUCCUGUUCCCAAAACUUUUUUCCCUGUCCUGUUGGACACCUCAAUAACACCCCACGGUAUUCCAGUCAAAUGAUCAUAGACCUCUAUAACUACUAAGUUAAGUGUGAAUCCAGACAGUAACAAAGUACCAGAUAUUCAUCUUUAUUCCCCUUACUUUUUCUUCUCAAGUUAUUUAUUUCUCAUAGGUUCUGUUGAUGUACAGUGUUUUUUUUUGUUUGUUUGUUUUUGCCUGCCACUCCAGCCACACUGGACCACAGAUAGACUCUUUCAUCCCUGUUAUCUAUUAUCAGGUGAGGUCGAAAUUGUGUUGCGAGCCGACGUCUGUAGCGUAGGUGUGUUUUAGAGGAGCUGCACGCGCACAAUUGCAUGCGUGGAAGUCUGUUCAUGAAAUCACUAGGUCAGGUAUGUAAAAAAACAAAACAAAAAAAACACAAAAAAGUUUUAUUUUUAUAAGCUCUUCGUUUUUAGCAGAGCUGAGAAGAAACCGAUAGUCGAGCUGUUAGACGAGUUAGACGUGUGUGCGUGUGUGUGAAGCUUUGUAUAAGAGGGUUUUUUUUUCUAUUUUAAGUUCUAGUGGAUUUUCUUACCUGCUGCUUUUACUUUGUAAAUGAUGUGUGUGCAUGUGAGUUCAUGUAUUUAAUAUGUCUGUGUAAAAAGUGCCGGGUGGGGGCAGAUGUUCUUCAUGUCCUUAAUGUUUAAAAGCAAAGGACAAAAGGCAAAAAAAAAGAAGAAGAAAGUAAAUACUCAGUUUGGCUCAUUUAUUAAUUUCUCCUGCUGUUAAUAAGCUACAAGAGUUCUGGUGAACCAAAGACACAUGCCCCCCCCCCCCCCUCGCUGUUAUUAUUUUUGAAUAUCAUUCAAUCUUUUGGUCUUAUUUUGUAUAUUUGGAUUAAGAAAUACAAAGCAAUAUGCAGUACAGUAACGUAUGAUUUUUACAUGGAUGUCCGGACUAUAAGUUGCUUUAUUUUUUUUUUAUUCAUUUUCUCAGUGUCAGUUUGUUAGAAUUUGUACCGCAUGUGAGGAUUAAGCCUAAUGUCAUAACUAUUGGGAAAACCUGGCUUAAUACACUAAAAUGACUGACUGACUACAAAUCUCACAAUCGUAUCUUGUCAAAUAUUAUUCACUGUCUGAAGGAAAAAAGUCAUUAAAAAAAAAAACAAGAUUUUUUUGCAUUAAGCCAUAUAGAACUUUUGUAGCCAGAAGCCCCAUGAGAGCAAAACUGCAGGUGCUUUCUGGGUGGGAGGGGCUUAUACUUUCUCGCCUGUCAAUCACAGCGACACUAACCAAUUGUAUGCGUCUGUGAGCUCAUGUAUCCGGAAGAUCGUUGAUGACUAUUUCCUAGAACAUAAAUGUAAAAUAUUUGUGUACAUAUAUACCUAAACAUAAAUAUACCCACUUGUCAUCGUUUCCUAAGUGAAGCCUUUUUUUUACGUUAAGCGUUAAACGUUGUAGUGUAGAGAUCCUCAGAAUCUAUAGUCCUACAGAAAAUUUAAAAACAUUAUAUAUAUAUAUAAUCAGUUUUUUCCCCAUUGAAGCAACCUAUAGUCCGGAAAAUACGGCACAAGUUCAUUUUCAUGAAUUCUGACAUUAAUGACAUUAAUUCAUGAUGACUGCCUGUUCUUUUACCACGGUUUUGCAAUAUUAUUACUAUAUUGUAUUUAAAAAAAAAUACAUGUGUAAAGAUGGACUUUAUUUUUCUGAAUAAAUAAGACGUCAAAAGAAAACAAAUGACUGUGUCGCUUGAUGAGGUCCAAAUGAGAAUUACGAUAUGAGAAAUAUUACAUCACUGACUACUGACAAAAUAGUUGUCCAAGAUGAUGCAUUUAUAUGUUGUAUAUUAUAUUGUGGCGUUAAUCGGCACAUGCCUAAUGAGUGGACAAAUAUCUCCUUAUUUAAUUUUUUUUUUCAAUUCAGAUCACAUUUGAUGUAAUUUCUAUUUUAACAUACAGUAGUCUUACAAUGAGAGAGCCAUAUUAAUAACAUUAGUAACAUUUAUCAGUGGGCGGAGCAACUAGCAUUUUAGUAAAGUUUUAAUGCGGCUGAAAUAAAACGUUUUUGGGGGACGUUUGGAUAUAAAAUUCAGCAGUGUAUAUCAACAUCAUAUUAUACGAGAUAUAAAAAGAAAGAAGAAGAAGACCAAGCCUUUGCCACGGAUCACCUGCGUUCUACUGUCUUCACUGUGAUUGGUUGUUGUUGUUGUUGUUGACACGCCCACAUCUAGAUGUCAACAAUGUCGAGGUCAGCAGCUCUCAGCGAAAAAUGAAUGAUUUUACUUUGUGUGAACUUAGCAUUAGUGCAAAAGAAAAAAUAUCAAGUGCCUAAAGUGUUUCUCAGCACAGAGAGAGGAUCUAUUACUGAAAUAAAAAGAAACUGAAGCUAAAGAUGAUCAAACUGUCCUAAAUCCUGUAUUAAUCUCCUAAGCGUUCAGUAAGUCUAUACUCAGUAAUGGGAAAUACUGUUAUGUUUUAUUUGUUAUUCUUUUGUUGUAUUUUAUUCUUUCCCUCAUUUCCAGGUAUUGCAUACUUCAAGAGCAUGCUUUAAGAAACAGCCAUGAAGUAUUGAAGCCAUACAUCUGUUCAGAACUGAAUCAGUGUGUGAUGUUGGAUUGUGUAUAUCUUGUGUAUAGGGACGUGCUGAUAAUCAGUUAGAGUAUAUAUUGAGAUGUUUUCAGGCAGUACACAUUAUUAAAGCUACAUGGGAAGCGAG